AACUACAUUUAUCCGCUCAAAACGAUAAACCUCCUUAGAACCCUAACGUCUGCUUAUCCUCAAACGACCAUAACCUUCAAUUCAGUACAACGAUCUUCAUCAAAUUAUUUAAUCUGGAAGAUGCACAUGUGCAGUGCAUUCAAUCGCUGUUCUUCAAUUUCAUUGAAUCAAGAAACUCUCUAUUUCUGUCCCAAAUUCGUUCCAGGGAACAUUAGAACAACGAUCGCCACCGUAAGUGCGAAAUCUUCCGGCAACAAGGAUGGCGAUGGCGGCGGUUCAGCAGUCGAGGACGCGAAAGGCUCAGGUACGACCGCUAGAGGUCGGCGGUUGCUCAAGGUUCGAGAAGAGAAGAGGAAACGGGAAUACGAACGACUUCACAAUUAUCCUUCUUGGGCUAAGGUAUUAGAAGAUGCAGCAAAAAACGACAUUGAGCUUCGAAAUGUUCUUGGUGACACCAUUGGAAAGCCAGAACAAAUGAGACAGAAGGUUGAAGAUAGGAUUCGGAAAAAAGGGAGAGAUUUUCACAAAGCUAAAACUGGUUCUGUUGUUGCAUUCAAAGUCACAUUUAGAGACUUCAGUCCUGUUGGUUCCCAUAUAUGGUUCAAGUUAUAUGGUCCACCUUCUGAUCGAGAUGUUGACCUAAUUGGCAGUGUUAUUCAGUCAUGGUAUGUCAUGGGUCGAUUAGGUGCAUAUAAUUCUUCUAAUUUGCAGUUGGCAAAUACAUCCAUGGAAUACAAUCCUUUGUAUGAUGCAGAUAAGGGCUUCAAUGUGAUGCCAUCAUCGUUUCAUGAUGUUGGGGAUGUUGAGUUUCAGGAUAAUUGGGGACGUGUUUGGGUAGACAUAGGUACUUCAGAUUACUUUGCUCUUGAUGUUCUUCUCAAUUGUCUCACUGUAUUGAGUUCAGAGUAUUUGGGUAUACAACAAGUAGUAUUUGGUGGAAGGAAAAUUGGUGAUUGGGAAGAAGGAAUGAAAAACCCUUUAGAUGGAUACAAAUACUUCAAGAUUUAAACCAUUGUUUUCUUUAGGUGUAAAUUUAUGAGUAGAUUAGAGAGUAUGAGUAGCUGUUUAAAAAAAAAAAAGCAAAGCUUUGAGUUUUUAUUGAAUUAUUAUUAGAGUUUGAAUUUAUGAGUCGAACUUUAUUAAGUUUAAUAUGGAAACACCUCAAGUUUGAAUUUAUGACUUCAAUUUUUAUUCC